AUGUCAGCCCAAGAAGAAUUCAAUCAACUUGUGAAUAACAAUCGCGACAAGUUCUCCUCACACCCAGAGGACUACGAAGACGAUCCACAAUUCUCCGAUCAAGACCUCGACGAAGACUACUCUUCUUCUCGUAACCUCCGCCAGAGCCGUAUCGUCGACUCUUCCGACGAGGACGACAACUACGACGACGACGAUAUGGUUUCGUCUACCACAAACUACCACGUCCCUAAAACCACAUUCGAGGCCAACACUGGGCCUAAGGGUGUCAUCGCUGAUGCUCAGGCGUUUGAGCGUGCUCGCAAGAAGUCAUUCCGCCGAACCCUCCUCUCUGCUGCUGGACUCGAGCCCAACGGCCCCGCCUUUGGUGCCUCAAACCCCGAGCCGGUUGCCCCCACAACAGAUGCAUCAUCGGGUAGUGAGGAUGAGGAGGAUCGUUUCAUGCGUAAAUGGCGGCAAUCCCGUAUGCAGGAACUGCAGAACCGCCCUAACCGUCGCCCUUCCCCACGUGGACGUCACUACGGUACUGUCGACAAUGUCGAUGCCGUCGGCUACCUCGAUGCUAUUGAGAAGGUGACCUCGGAUGCGGUUGUUGUUGUUUGUAUCUACGACCCUAAUUCGGAUGAAAGCGCCAUUGUGGAAGAAUGCUUGAAUACUAUUGCUCGUCGCCAGACCUCUAUCCGAUUCGUCAAACUGCACCGUGAUAUCGCAGAGAUGGAUCAUAUUCAGGCUCCUGCCUUGUUGGCUUACCGUCGUGGCGAGGUCUUUGCUACCAUCAUCGAUAUCCUUCGCAACAUUCCUCGUGGCCGGCCUUGCAGUGCCAACAGCCUCGAGGAUCUGCUGAAGCUGCACCGCGUGCUUUAA